AUGCCAUACAACAUUGCCAUGGUCAGUGACUUCUUCUUCCCCCAGUCUGGGGGAAUCGAAAGUCACAUCUACCAGCUAUCUUCGAAACUCAUCGACCGUGGACACAAAGUGAUCAUCAUUACCCAUGCGUACAAAGGCCGAACCGGUGUCCGCUACCUCACCAAUGGACUAAAGAUAUAUCACGUCCCAUUCUUCGUUAUUUACCGAGAAACAACUUUCCCCACGGUCUUUUCCUUCUUCCCUAUAUUUCGCAACAUCGUCAUUCGUGAGCAGAUUGAUAUUGUACACGGCCAUGCAAGUCUUAGUAGCUUCUGCGGUGAAGCUAUUCUCCACGCACGAACAAUGGGCUUACGGACUGUCUUCACCGAUCAUUCUCUCUUUGGCUUUGCAGAUGCGGCUUCUAUCCUGACGAAUAAAUUGCUCAAGUUUACAUUGAGUGAUGUGGAUCAUGCUAUCUGCGUCAGUCAUACUUGCAAAGAAAACACCGUCCUCCGUGCCUCAUUAGACCCGCUGAUGGUCUCCGUAAUUCCCAACGCUGUCGUUGCAGAGAACUUCUGUCCACUCUCAUAUUACCCUCGUACUCACGAUCAAAUACCUAUCUCACCCGCCGACCCUCGACCAUCGCCGACCCCCAUUGGUCCCAAUGACACAAUCACAAUCGUUGUGAUCUCCCGCUUAUUCUAUAACAAAGGAACCGAUCUUCUCAUCGCCGCUAUCCCACGGAUCCUCGCCUCCAAUCCAAAUACUCGCUUCAUCAUUGCUGGAUCUGGUCCAAAAGCAAUCGACCUAGAGCAGAUGCUAGAACGCAACGUCCUUCAAGACAAGGUCGAGAUGCUCGGGUCUGUUCGCCAUGAAGAGGUACGAGAUGUUAUGGUUCGAGGGCACAUCUACCUGCACCCCAGUUUAACCGAAGCAUUUGGCACCGUCAUUGUCGAGGCUGCCAGUUGUGGGUUGUACGUGGUUUGCACACGAGUCGGCGGUAUUCCUGAAGUUCUUCCUCAGCACAUGACUACCUUCGCCAAACCCGAGGAGGAUGAUCUAGUCGUUGCAACCAGUAAAGCAAUUGCUGCGCUCCGCUCCAACAAAGUUCGUACCGACCGAUUCCACGAUCAAGUAAAGAUGAUGUACUCAUGGCGGGAUGUGGCUGAACGGACUGAACGUGUCUACCAAGGUAUCAUUGGCGACAUUAGUCCGUCAGAAUUCUACGGCUCCUAUCCGGACCAAGGUUGGGACGUUAGCGGCGAUCGGGUUCGCAGUUUCGCCCUCAUUGAUCGCUUGAAGCGGUACUACGGAUGUGGUGUGUGGGCUGGAAAGCUCUUCUGCCUUUGCGUUGUCAUCGAUUUCUUGAUUUUCGUCUUCCUAGAGAUGUGGUUCCCCCGGGCGAAUAUCGACAUUGCACGCAGUUGGCCUAAGAAGCAGCCGCUGGACAAAUUACGAACACAUUCGAUUCGAAAUUCGAAAUAA